GUCGCGGCAUAUCAGGCUUUGCCAGCGACCUCAUCGGAGGCCGUCCUUUGAGCCAGUUCAGGUUUAGCAAAUAAUAUCUUAACCGCAUUCAGUACCCACUUAUAUCAGUGUCUAUCGCGGCAUCUCAGUUUCGAGGAGAUAUCGCAAAUAGGCAUCCCUUACGUCGUGUGAAGAUUAUGACUUAAAGGCUUAAUUACUCCAGAGUUUGCAAUCGUAAAUAUUAUGGAGCAAGUACCGAAUAACCUCGUCAAUCGGGCAACAGUUGAGCCUCGCAAUUUGAUUGGCUCCAACGGAUCGGAAACUAAUGGGCCAACUCUACCUUACCGUCCACCGUUGACGAGGACUGAUUCGAGAUCAGCUUUCUCACCACAGUCACUUCGGCCAGUUGCACCACAACCACAGCAAAGACCACAAUUCCAACCCGGUGGACCCGUAACCAGUCCACCACAGUUUGGACCUCGUACAGGAAUCCAAGCACAGAGAGGGCCGGCUCCUCCUGGUCCUCCUGGGUCGCCACAGAUUAGACCUCCGCCCCUACGACUACCGCAACAACCGAUUGGUGUCCAGCAAGGUCCACGACCACUACAGUCUCCUACUACUGCUCAAGUCCAACAGAGAGGUCCAGUGCCGAAUAACCUUCAAUUUGGUCCUCGACAGCCGCCACAAAUUGGAGGUGGUACAACACCUGAGGGCUCUAGACCUCAAUUGAUUCUUCAAACAAACGGGGCAUCUAAGACAACAAUAAGCACGCCUAAUUACGCUCCACUUUCGAGGCAAUCUUCACAAGGAUCCUUAAAAGAUCUGGAUUUGUCUAACACGUUUUCAAACAAACCAGCCAACCUGGAGAACCAAAAUGCUUCCAAUGAAAAUCUUAAUAAGUCAGGCGUUGGCAAUGAAAUGUCGGGAACGCCUAAAGGAAGAAGCUAUAGCAUUUCAGCCGCGCCAGGAUCACCAAGCCCGCUGAAAAUGGAUGACGACCGAAGAAAAUCUGUAAGUUCAGUGGGUGGAAGAUACGAAGACUUAGCUAGUCGCAGUCCAGGGCUCGGUUUAAUCCAAGAAAUAAGAGCAAGUAAGGACAACAUCCGUGGAUCUAAAGAAAGCAUAAAAUCAGAAGCAUCUAUUGAAGGAAAUAGGGAUACACCUGAUCGCCCAGAGUCUCGUCUAGCUGGAGCCAAGAUGACAGAAUCUUUUAUGGGUCCCUUAUCAAAUUUAACUCCAAAAAAGAAAUUAGACGAUGACGAUGAUGUUGUUUCACAUAAUUAUUUGACUUCGGGAAAAACUGAAACGCCUCAAAAUAAAAUUGAUCUUUCUGAUCGUUCACCAUCGCUAACUCGAAGUGAUGAAUCACCAGAACCGAAAAAUGCUUCACAAAGUUCGGUAUCAUCUAAUAAAACUCAGAGUGUUUCACCAGAACCCCAGCGACCAAAAACACCCAAAGUGGAAAUGAGGCAAGAGAUAAAGCCAGAACCUCGUAACAAUAUUCAACAAGCAGUGACACCAAGUAAAAUAAUUUCAAAAUCUCCCUCACCUACAGAAUCCAAAUCACCUAUUCCUAAUAAUAAAAAACCAACUGAAUUGAAAACUUCAGCAACUCCCUACGAUUCUAAAAAAUCAACACCUCGUAAGAUAGUUUCUGCUCCAACUUCUCGCCCAAAAGAUGGAGACAAUGACAGUGGCGUGGAUGAGUCUACACAGGGGAAUGAUAUCAACGGGUCUCCGGGCUCUCCAAAUAAGAAGUUGCCGAGCAAAUUACCGAUGAAAGAGAAAUCUAGCAGUAGCCUAAAACAGAGUCUUUCACGGUCAUCAAGUAAAAGUGCCACUGCUAAAACACCUGAGACUCCUCAGCCGAAUGAUAAAAAGAAAGUACCAAUGAACAAGGUCCAAGUUGGAAAUGCGCCAUCUCCAAACAUAAAGGCUGUUAAAUCGAAGAUCGGAUCUCUGGAUAACACCACAUAUAAACCGGGUGGUGGAAAAGUGAAGAUAGAAAAUAGGAAACUUGAUUUCAACAACGUGACACCCAAAAUUGCUGCGAAAAAUGAAGCUUAUACUCCAAGUGGUGGUGCUAAAAAGAUUACAACGACAAAAUUGGAAUGGAAUGUAAAAUCAAAAAUUGGUUCUCUCCAAAACACAUCAUAUAAACCUGGAGGAGGAGACAAGAAAAUAGAAACAGUGAAACUUGACUUCAAAGACAAAGCGAAGCCCAAGGUUGCUUCGACAGUUAACAUCACUCACAAACCAGGCGGUGGAGGCGUAAAGACUCUUACAAGCACCGGGAAGAUACCAAUUGAAAAUCAAAAAUUGGAUUUCAAAGCGCAAAGCAAAGUCGGAUCUCUCGACAACGUAAAGCAUAAGCCAGGAGGCGGUGACAUAAAAAUAUUCGACGACAAGGAUUACAUUAAGCAAAUUGGUGGGCAUUCACCUCUUCCCAACAGCCACGGGCAGUCGCGACAAGAGCCAGAGUAUUUAUACUCAUUUUAUUGAAUAACUUUUUUGGGGCGCAAGAGUCCAGUCCCGCCGCCGCCGGCGCAGCCUCCGAAAGAAGACGAAAAUUUAAAUCAACAGCCGUGUUAAAUCACUUUUAAUUUUCGAUAUAGUACAUAGCUCCUAUCGAUUAUUCGAUUAUAAAUUAAUGAUUGUUUAUAAUCAAUACUAACUGAUGAGUCCAAACUUUUUAAAUAUAUUUUUAUUACCUUGUUAAUGGUUAUUCAUUGAUAACCUUCUCUUCUCGGUAUGAUUAUUGAGCAAUUUACCUUUAUAGAUUUCAUGAUGUUUAAUAACAAUUUAUUGUCAUAAUAUCGUUUUUAGACAUAAUGUACCUACCUAGACAUAAUAUAAUAUUUGUGUACCUACACUGUUGUUGUUUUGGUUUAUGUAUAAUACCACUUAUUUACUCUUUUAAUUACAACAUAGAAGAAAAGAUUAAGUGCCAAUACAUAAUGAUACAUUUAAGUCAUAUUCCAUACAACGUGAACUCUACAGUCUGCCUAUAGAAUAAAAGAUUAACUGACAAUUAU